UGUCAAAACAUUUUAAGUAUCGGGUUAAGCUGAAAUCAUGUUGGUCAACGUGGCUUUGUCAUUCUAAAAGUUUCCGCCAACAAGCGGCUUACAGCCCUCGUAAUAUUUAUAUGAUGAUGAGGGGCUCACUUAGGAGACUUAGGUUACUUACUCAAUGUAUAGAUUUACGUGUGAUAAAAAGUAGUAACGUAGAAAUACUAUGAAACGCUGAUUAACUAAUUCAUUCGUCAGCUAUAGAGUGUUUCUUGGCUACCUCAUGUACAUUGGGCACUCGGCAUUUGUGAUGGCCAUGUCUUACGCCGUUGCGUUCCCACAUUGUUCACUACUAGCUUGCAAGAAAAUAUUUAAGCAUUUAACUAACAUUCGUCUUCAACAAUCUAAAGAUAGUCAUUUGUCCCAAGGCUGUUUCGGGGCCUUUAUUUGGUUCCAAUGCUCGAAACUGUUCACUGCGAAAUCACUUCAGAUAGAGCGGGCCCUACCGACGGCAGAUGGCGCAAUUUCGACACCGAAAUGUCGCAAAGUGAUGGAGAGAUACAAUCGGUGAGCAUUAAGUGUCGAGAAUGAACCUGUUAUAUGUUAAGAGGAACCUGGGCCGUUAUACGAGAUCAGUGCCCCAGCAACAUAUGAUAAAUCGAUUACCAUAUCUUAGCAGAAACAUAGCGGCCAACAUAAAAUGAGAGGCAGUCGUUCUUCGGUUUUUCCCAGAAUGCCGAACUCCAACAGCUGCAUUAAUGUUUUUAAUGUAGUAGUCUCUUUCCAAUAUAGUGAUAAAUAAAUGUAAGUAUUUUAAUAGUAUUAUAAAAACUAAUUUGCAACGGAACAUUUUCUUCUUUUUGAGCAUAACGUUCCAUUGUGCAGAACUAUCUUGCGCUUUGACCGCUUCAAAACUAUGAUUUCGAAGCGAAUCACUAUCUGUACACACAAUAUUAACUCUUAAUGCAGAAUACCCUAAACAGGCUUCUCCCGAGGAUUGAACUGCCACCGAUGAUGUUUAACUAAGGCUUUCUUGACGCCCAGCUCAAAAAGGCCAUAAACGUUUCUCAACAUCUAAUUUUUGCGAUGUCCGUAGACAAACUGACGCAAAGUUAUAUCGAAAGGCACAGUAGCAACAGAUUGUAAUCGAAGGUAAUAAAAACUGCUGUGUUUACGUAUACUCGCAGUUUUGUCGGCUUGCAAGGGCCAAGUUUACAACGAGUGCAUCUUGAAUAAUCCCAAAAAAUUUCAUGAAAUCCCAUUCACUAGAACGCGAAGUACGACACAGUAGCAUCGGUAUGCUGAAAGCGCUAUACACAGCAAUUUGGAGGAAUUUUCGGGGGGAGAGGGGGAGGGGGGAUAUACCUUAGAAAACUCCGAACUCAACUACUCGAUACAUGCUCGCCAUUGAGACACGCAUUCUUAGCUCCUUGGAUGCCACCGGUUACGAUUAUUCCAGCUGAUCCCUGACAAACACACAGCUCCCAGCUAUUAUGUACUACUAUAUCAAAUAAAACGUGCGUGGCUUGGUCGAGCAUUUUAGAAAGAGGGAUCUUUGCACAGUCUCGUUUAUGAAGAGCUUCUUUCUAUGAAGGUUUUAAGCAUCUAUAAGUUCCUGUGCCAUCUGCAUGCCGCUCCGAGAUAUAUGCUUCCUUGCUCCACCUAUCAGUCGCCUGACAGACCAGAUGUCUUUCUUUCGCGUGCACAGCUAUUGUGUUCUCCUAGCUUGUUGAAUUUUUGGCGCCCUUUCUACCGUUGGCUCCUGUAGAGACCAGCCGCAUCGAGGCGCCGCCGCCGCCGCCACCACCACCGCCAUCAGCGAGACUACGCGUGCCGAAGAUUAGCUCUUACAUUACGGUUAGUGGUAGUGGGGGCCGAACUUCGGCGCUAAACCCGAGACUGUCGCUAGCGUAACGGGGUACCAACGACGUUACCUAGGCAGGAGACGGACGAGGGCCUACUGGAUUUGGCAUGUCAUAGAAGAUCUCUGUGAUAGCUGACCUUCGCGUUCAAGGAAAGGCCACCGGCUAAGACUGUACCAACAAAGGAAGCAAAAAAAUCUCAGUAGGGUGCCGAUCGGAUUGGUUCGACAGCGGUACGACAAGAUAAGCGCCAUGAGUUCGCAUUACGCCAACGGCAACAAUGGGGAUUCUGCCAACGGCAUCACAAACGGAGUUAUGCCCCCAUCAUCGCAACAGACUGUUCACCCAGUUUUUGAUACGGAAGAAAUGAACGAUGAUUCGGUGGAGACGUUCCUGUUCAGUUCGGAGUCAGUCGGUGAGGGACACCCCGACAAGAUGUGUGACCAGAUUUCUGAUGCUAUUCUUGACGCUCACCUCCAGCAGGACCCCCAAGCUAAGGUCGCCUGCGAGACUGCGACCAAGACAGGCAUGAUUAUGAUUUUCGGCGAGAUUACUUCGAAGGCCAUCGUUGACUACCAGAAAGUCGUUCGCGAAACCGUAAAGAAAAUUGGUUAUGAUUCUUCAGAAAAGGGUUUCGACUACCGCACUUGUAACGUGCUAGUAGCUAUUGAACAGCAAAGUCCCGAAAUUGCAGCCGGAGUUCACGUCGAAAAAAGCGAGGAGGACAUCGGUGCUGGGGAUCAAGGUCUUAUGUUUGGAUAUGCUACCGAUGAAACAGAGGAAUGCAUGCCCCUCACGGUAGUUUUGGCCCACAAGCUGAAUUUCCGAUUAGCCGAGCUGCGACGAGAUGGAACUUUCCCUUGGGCAGGACCAGACACUAAGACGCAGGUCACGUGUGAGUACUACUUCGAUCAUGGACGCGCUAUCCCUCAGCGAGUGCACACGGUUGUCGUGUCGACUCAACAUUCAGACUCAAUCUCGCUUGAGGAACUUCGAUACAAUGUACUCGAGAAGGUAGUUAGGCACUGUAUCCCCAACAAGCUUAUGGACCGUCGAACAGUCGUACACAUCAAUCCGUGCGGCAAGUUCGUACAGGGUGGCCCGAUGGGUGACGCUGGCCUCACGGGUCGUAAAAUUAUCGUCGACACGUACGGUGGAUGGGGAGCUCACGGUGGAGGAGCGUUUUCUGGUAAGGAUCCCACCAAAGUGGAUCGCUCAGCUGCUUAUGCUGCUCGUUGGGUAGCAAAGUCACUUGUUAAAGCUGGCGUCGUUAAACGCUGCCUCGUCCAAGUCUCUUACGCGAUCGGUAUUGCCGAGCCCCUAUCGAUCACGGUUCUGCCAUACGGAACAUCUAAGUACUCGCAGAAAGAACUACUUCAGAUCAUCCGCGACAAUUUCGACCUUCGUCCCGGUAUCAUCAUGCGCGACCUGAAGCUGACGACGCCAUUCUACCAAAAGACAUCAGUAUAUGGCCAUUUCGGACGCGACAACUUCCCGUGGGAAGUUCCAAAGCAGUUGGUCAUCCGAAAGGAGUUCCAAUAGCGGAACCAACAGCGGGGGAGUUCACUUCCCUGUUUAGCAGUUGAUGGCAGUACAGCUGGCAACGGCAACGGUUUCGAGCAGGAUGCCAAACAGCAAAGUGGCCGGAACAGCGCGUCAAACAGCCUGACGACAGGUUCGGCAAGCUCGAAACAACAACAACAACAAGCGACGAUGAAGGAUGUACUAAUGAGGGGUCGACCGGACAGCUGAUAUUGAACUGCGGGACAUUUAUCGCUACUAGUAAAACACAUACAAACAAACAAAGAACGAGUGGAAACUUCAGAAAAGGUUAACCGUGUCGUGGAAUAUACCUGGCUCGAGUGGACAAUUAUUUAGGUUUGCUUUGCUAGUAGACAUCAUCGAGGUGAUGCUUCAAGGUAGCUUCAAGAAGCCAAUUCUCUAAUUGGGGUCAAGAUAUAUGUCAGUGAAACAUGUGAACGUCUGGAUAACAUUGUAAGUUGUACGGGUCGACCUUAUACAGAUACAGCAAGGAAUAACAGCAGAACAGUAUAAAUGCGCUGAUGCACGACAACAACGCGGGUGAUGAUGAUGUUAUGGUUUUAUGAUGAUAAUGGUUAUGAAUAACACAGACGAAUGGAAAGCUCUUAUAUAACUAGCUGGGGUGAAAAGAAGGAUGAACCAAUUACACCUAGUUAGAAAAUAUCGAAUCUUAGUAUGAAAAUAAUUAAACAGAUUGGAGAACUAGAAGGAACACGACAUUAACAAACGUACAUAUAUAUUAAUAAUGACUAUCUCGCAAUGCAUAUUUUGGUUCAAUUUUGCCGCACAUAGCAAAUGUAUCAGUGUAGACUAUGAUUUGUGCUGUUUGGCCUCUUGGAAGAUGAUGUAUUUGCAUGCGGAUCUAAUACAGACAGUCAAGCAGCCGGAACAUCGACAGAAUGCGAGAAAAGGAAAAAUAACAAAGACCGAAUGAUGUGCCGGCAUGCGUAUAGCAGUACAUGUUAGCGAGUUCGUUUAAAUUCGAAAAAUAUAAGUUUAUUAUUAUUUAAUAGACAGGGACAGACGGAAUGGAAGAGGGAGUUAGGCAUGGAAUAACGGAGUCGCCAGCUCUUGGCAUUGGUUGUAGUUGAGUCGUCGGAUUGUCUGCGUACUUACGUAGGUAAAAAAGCCCCUAGAGAACAUGCGGCGUGACGCUGUUGAGAAUAGAAGAAGCGGAGGUCUAGAGGAACGUGAGAAGGGGGGGGGGGGGGUAAAUGUAAGAAAAACGGAGAAACGGAAGAAGAACAUGGGGGCAACAGUGGAUAGUUUAAAACAAGUCGUAUUGAAUCCACACAACGUGUCCCGGAGCAAAGAAACGUUUCUUGCGUGUGUGGUCCUUGUGGUUAUUAUGCGAAUUGCUCUGAUUUACCUAUCUGUAUAUGUAUAUAAGGAAUAUAUAACGAAAGCUGUAACAGAUACUAAUAAAUAUUCAAAUUAAACUGCA